CGUGGCUAAAUAAAAAUGGAGCAGCAAGAUAUCUAUUAUGAUAGUUCUGAGUACAUAGAGACGUCCUCUGGUAACAAGGUAAGCCGUACUUGCGUCCUGUGUGGUAGUCAGAACAUUGUUCUUAAUGGAAAAACAAUAGCACAAUCAGAGUGUGUCUUUAGAGGUGAUUUGGCUAACAUUAACAUAGGGCGACAGUGUGUACUAGGAAAGAAAGUCAUUAUAUCACCUCCUUAUAAGAAAUUAUUAUCAGGUGGAGCAUUCUAUCCAUUGCAAAUCGGUGACAACACCAUAAUUGGUGACAAUACAAUCAUCAAUGCAACUGUUAUUGGUCAUAGCGUUUACAUUGGAAGGAACUGUGUCAUUUCAAGGGCAGUGGUGUUAAAAGAUUGCUGUCGGAUAGAGGACAACACUGUAGUACCACCAGAGACCACUGUCCCAUCGUUCACUGUAUAUAAGGGAAACCCUGCACGUUAUGUGGAUGAUUUACCCUCUUGUACACAAGAAGUGAUGAUGGAGGCAACUAAAAGCUUCUACCAGCACUUUAAGCCCCAGAAGAAGUGAAAUGGGAAUCAUGGAGUCCUUUUUAAAUUAGAUCCACACCAACUUGUUAUUUUUUGUUGUUUAGUUUAAUUAAUGAAAUGUUCAAAAUUAUUAAAAUCACUGUCAUACUUUUAUGUUAUCAAUUACUUUGGUGCUAAUUAAUGUAAUCUCAUAUUCACUAAUGUUUCUUGACUUCAGCAUAA